AUGGAGACGCACAUCUCGUGCCUGUUCCCCGAGCUGCUGGCCAUGAUCUUCGGCUACCUGGACGUGCGCGACAAGGGGCGCGCGGCGCAGGUGUGCGCGGCGUGGCGCGACGCGGCCUACCACAAGUCGGUGUGGCGCGGCGUGGAGGCCAAGCUGCACCUGCGGCGCGCCAACCCGUCGCUCUUCCCCAGCCUGCAGGCGCGCGGCAUCCGGCGCGUGCAGAUCCUCAGCCUGCGGCGCAGCCUGAGCUACGUGGUGCAGGGCCUGGCGCAGCUCGAGAGCCUCAACCUGAGCGGCUGCUACAACCUCACGGACCACGGGCUGGGCCACGCCUUCGUGCAGGAGCUGGGCUCGCUGCGCGCGCUCAACCUGAGCCUGUGCAAGCAGAUCACCGACAGCAGCCUGGGCCGCAUCGCGCAGUACCUCAAGGGGCUGGAGGUGCUGGAGCUGGGCGGCUGCAGCAACGUCACCAACACCGGGCUGCUGCUCGUGGCCUGGGGGCUGCCGCGCCUCAAGACGCUCAACCUGCGCAGCUGCCGCCACCUGUCCGACGUGGGCAUCGGGCACCUGGCGGGCAUGACGCGCAGCGCGGCCGAGGGCUGCCUGCGCCUGGAGCAGCUGACGCUGCAGGACUGCCAGAAGCUCAGCGACCUGUCGCUGCGCCACAUCGCGCGCGGCCUGGCCGGCCUGCGGCUGCUCAACCUCAGCUUCUGCGGCGGCAUCUCGGACGCCGGCCUGCUGCACCUGUCGCACAUGGCCAGCCUGCGCAGCCUCAACCUGCGCUCCUGCGACAACAUCAGCGACGCGGGCCUCAUGCACCUGGCCACCGGCAGCCUGCGCCUCGCCGGCCUCGACGUGUCCUUCUGCGACAAGGUGGGCGACCAGAGCCUGGCCUACAUCGCGCAGGGCCUGGACGGGCUGCGCUCGCUGUCGCUCUGCUCCUGCCACAUCAGCGACGACGGCCUCAACCGCAUGGUGCGCCAGAUGCACGGCCUGCGGACGCUCAACAUCGGCCAGUGCGUGCGCAUCACCGACCGCGGCCUGGAGCUCAUCGCCGAGCACCUGGGCCAGCUCACGGGCAUCGACCUGUACGGCUGCACGCGCAUCACCAAGCGCGGCCUGGAGCGCAUCACGCAGCUGCCCUGCCUCAAGGUGCUCAACCUGGGGCUCUGGCAGAUGACGGACAGCGACAAGGUCAGGUGAGGGCCGCC